AUGCUCGUGGUGUCCACCACCUCCGCUGUGCUCCAGCCCCUCUCUCAACCCAUCCCACCCAGCAACAGCAGCGAGGAGGAGCCGCUGGACACCCGGGAUCCGCUGCUAGCCCAGGCGGAGCUGGCCCUGCUCUCCACGGUUUUUGUGGCCGUGGCCCUGAGCAAUGGCUUGGUGCUGGGAGCUCUAGUUCGGCGGGGCCAGAGGGGCUGCUGGGCGCCCAUGCACGUCUUCAUUGGCCACUUGUGCCUGGCUGACCUGGCCGUGGCUCUGUUCCAAGUGCUGCCCCAGCUGGCCUGGGAUGCCACCGACCGUUUCCGGGGGCCUGACGCCCUGUGCCGGGCCGUCAAGUACCUGCAGAUGGUGGGCAUGUACGCCUCCUCCUACAUGAUCCUGGCCAUGACGCUGGACCGCCACCGCGCCAUCUGCCGCCCCAUGCUGGCAUACCGCCAUGGAGGCGGAGCUCGCUGGAACCGGCCGGUACUGGUGGCCUGGGCCUUCUCACUCCUUCUCAGCCUGCCCCAGCUCUUCAUCUUCGCCCAGCGUGAUGUGGGAGACGGCAGCGGGGUCUUCGACUGCUGGGCCCGCUUUGCCGAGCCCUGGGGCCUCCGCGCCUACGUCACCUUUAUUGCCCUAAUGGUGUUUGUGGCACCUGCCCUGGGCAUCGCUGCCUGCCAGGUGCUCAUCUUCCGGGAGAUUCAUGCCAGCCUGGUGCCGGGGCCAGCAGAGAGGGCUGGGGGGCGCCGUGGAGGGCACCGGAGAGGCAGUCCCAGAGAGGGAGCCCAAGUGUCGGCAGCCAUGGCCAAGACUGUGAGGAUGACAUUGGUGAUUGUGAUUGUCUAUGUGCUGUGCUGGGCGCCCUUCUUCCUUGUGCAGCUGUGGGCAGCGUGGGACCCGAAGGCGCCUCGGGAAGGGCCCCCUUUCGUGCUGCUCAUGUUGCUGGCCAGCCUCAAUAGCUGCACCAACCCCUGGAUCUACGCCUCCUUCAGCAGCAGCAUCUCCUCGGAGCUGCGCAGCCUGCUCUGCUGGGCCCGGAGGCGUGCCCCACCCAGCCUGGGGCCCCAAGAUGAGUCCUGCGCCACUGCCAGCUCCCUCCUGGCCAAGGACACUUCCUCCUGA